ACAUCUCCAAUGUAGAAAUUGACAUUUCGCUUCACGUGUUCGGCAUGUAUGUAUCCAAAGUUUAAAAACAUAAAACCCAUGCCUUCGGAAUUACAACCAAAAUACGAUUGAGACAAUGGCAAAAAUUCUGAGCUAUUUUCAUUUGUGUCCAAUAAAUGAUGAAGAGGAAUUUCUUGGUUUAUCGCGUGAUCAAACAAAAGGCAAUGUCAUCAAUACGCUCGGCAAAAAUAUUAUCAUUAACGUAAAGUUGAGUAAUCAGAAGCAAAUAACCAGUUGGACAGCUUUAGAUAAACUUUCGAGCAAAGUGGUUUAUGAUUUCAAUUCAAAGGCUUAUGUUGGUGUUUUCGGACGAAAAUGGAUUCGAUGCUGGUCAGCCGAUUGUUCAGAUAUCAAUAAAAUUAGGAAACUCAAGCUUUCAAAACCUGCUAGCAGUCUGAUUUCCAUUGAAAAUGCUGAAACAAUUGUUUUGUAUGCGGACGGAACGUGUGAAUCAUUAGAAUAUGCGAUUGAAACACGGAAAGAGAAAAAAGAUUUAUCGUUGCCACAAUUCAAACCAAUCGUUGAUCAAUCAUCGGUCGAUAUAUUGAGUUCAACAUAUUUCAAAGGUGCCAACGAUACAUUUGUGCUAACAUAUUUCGUAAAGUCGCGUGAAACUCAGGAAAUUGAUUUAAUUUAUUACAAAUUGGAGAAAGAAACAUUACGCGUGGAUGGGCCGAUAAAUCGUCUAAAGCUAUUGCGUGAUGAAAAGAAUAUUCGGUUAUGUGGUUUCACCGUCGUUGACAGCAGCAAUUGUCCAAACUUAGUCACAAUAUGGUCGGAUCGUCGAAUUUUCAUGAUGGCACUACGUCCAAAUCUAAGUGAAGAAGCUCCUGGUCAUUUUGUGUCAAUGUUGAUGGCAAUAAAUGUGGAUCAUCCGUUGUGUGUGCUUGGCGUUAGUCGUGAUUGCAUUGCAAUUUAUGGUGCAAACGCAACACAAGAGGGUGGAGCACUGUUAUUAUACAAUACACAAUUCAAAGUGAUCGAAUCAAAGCAAUUAUUUAAGGUAUUCUUCACCAAUUCACGUCUCUGGACUGUUGAUACGCACAUCUUUUUAGCGGCUGGUCAAAAGUUGGCCGUCAUUUCAUUCCGCAUAUCAAAAGAGCAAUUGUCGGAUAUGUUGGGAUCACAGCGAAGCAUGAAUCUAACAUCAUUUGUCGAUACAGAAUGCAUAAAUACAGACGCCGAAUUGGAAGAAGUUUUGGAAUAUGAUAAAAACACGGUCACACAAUCAAUUGGCGAAGAGACAAACGGUCACAUUGAUUAUGAUAUGAGUGAAAUUGAUGACGUACACAUGGAAAAGCGUCAACGUGCAUUCGAGCGACCCGACGAUUUAUUGACCGACCUUCGAUCAUUGCAACAAAAUGAUAUUCUUAUCGAUAUCAAAAUGGACGAUGACUUACUUGCUGAUAUGGCCGAACUGAAAUUGUCAGCCAACACAAAUGAUACACAUUUUGAUAGUAAAACGAUACAUUCAAUGGUCACGGAAUUAGAACGAAUUGGUGAAAGUGAAAUUGCCAUUAGCAAUAUGAUUAUACCGAUGUGCAUUGAAUCAAAUUUAUCCGAUGAUUUAAUUAUAUGCAUUCGAAACUAUUCGAAUAUAUCGGAAAAAAUGCUGGCCAUCUCAAUAAAAUAUUUUUUGGAUAAAAUACGAAACAAAACGAUUACAUCCGAAACACAAAAAACCGAUGAAUAUAAAACCCAAUUGAAUGCAAUUCUAUCGUGUUCAUUUGAAUCCGAAUUGAUGGUCGAACAAUUACGGGCCUAUGUCAAUUUUGAAGGCGUACGCAUACUAUUGAAUCACAUUUUUCAGGCAAUACAAUCGGAAGAUAGACAACUCGAAAAUCGACCACAAAACGGCGAUACCGUUGACGAAGACAUUUUACUGGUGAAAUGGUUUACGGUCAUUGUUGAUUCGCAUUUUCAUCAAUUCAUUUUGUCACGAGAUAAAAGUCUAAUUGAACAAUUGACAAAAUGGAAAGAGAUUGUCGACAAUUUUCUGAUUGACAUACAACAAUCGAAAAUCAUUUCGGCAAUGCUUUACAAUUUGGUUGACAGCAAACUUAUGGCCAAAGAAAAUGUUGCAACGAAAUGGUAUUCAAUAGAAGAGGUUAAAUUGUAUUAAUAAAUAAGAGUUGAUUAUGAUUUUGGAACAAAUUAACAUACAUUUUUUUCCAAAAACCAUAUUUUUUUAAAGAAUCAAAUAAAACGAAUUAUUAUUAUUAAUAGAA